AAAAAAGAAUGCUCACAAUGAAAAUCAUUUUUAUUCUCGGCUUGGCCUUGACAAUUGUUUCGGCUACCAUUCCUGGCGGGGUAACUGAGCUCUCUGGCGCAGAUCUGAAGGAGGCUGAAGACGCUCUCAACAAUUCCCUGUCCAAAUUGGCAAGCGGCGAUGGACCCAACUAUAAAUUGGGCAAAAUCAUCAAGGUAACGCGCCAAGUUGUUGCGGGCUACAGAUACGUUUACGAUGUGGAGCUGAUUGAGGGCAGCAAGACGAAGGUGUGCAAUGUGCAGAUCUGGUCCCAGCCCUGGCUCGAGAACGGAAUCGAAGUGACCUUUAAUUGCCCUGAUGGCCAAGUUGUCAGGAAGCACAGUGCCUAAGUUGCUUGGCUCUAU